GUUUAUUUAUGUAGGUUACUCAUUGUUUAUGGUUUGAUUGGGUGUCGCGAAGGUGUUUGUUGCGUUGCGUGUUGAUUUGAUUGCAAGUGCGGAGGUCGCGGAAUGCUGUUUAUUGUUAUUCAUUUUUAAUUAGUGUAUUUGAAAAUCUUCCAUCUAUAAAAUGGCGCCAAUGCGUGCUGAGAGGGGCGGGUCCCCCGCGCGCGGCGCGAGGGCUUCCCUACCGCUACCGCGGCGCCUCAUCCGACAGAUCGCGAGGCACGUGGCUUCCAAUGGCCGGUCACUACGCAGGCUGGAGGUCUCUGGCAGGGUCAUAGACAACUUCGAUGACAUAGACGAUGGCUCGGACGAGUCUGACAUGGAGGUGCCACAGCCGGCGGUGGCAAUAGGCGGCAACGCGGGCAAUCUUCCCCCGGCAGACGACGACGAACUCACCAGCCUGAGCUGGUUGCAAGACAGGAAUCUACUCAGAGGCAUAAAUCUAACAAAAGGCGACGUGGAGGACGGCAAAAUGAUCGGCAGUCAAGUUGUAAUAAAGACGGAGUCAAAGACCCCUCCCCCAGUCGUCCGAGCGGCUUCACCCCCUCGCACGCCGUGCAAAUCGCCCCCUUCGCCCCCCGCGACUACCCACACGAAGCCCCCCUAUUCGUUCUCAUGUCUCAUCUUCAUGGCGAUAGAAGCGGCCCCCACAAGAGCAUUACCCGUAAAGGAGAUCUAUGCGUGGAUAGUGAGGCACUUCCCUUACUUCAAGCAUGCGCCGCAAGGCUGGAAGAACAGCGUGCGGCACAACCUGUCGCUGAACAAGUGCUUCCAUAAGCAGGUGGCGGCCGCGCCCGGCCUCGGCAAGGGGUCGCUGUGGACCGUCGACCCGCAACAUCGAGCUUCCUUGUUACAGGCGUUCGGGCGCCAGCCGAUCCCGGCGUCGCCGCCGCAGCCGCCCGAGUCGCCGCCCGGCAAGAACGCGCCCGACCCCAGCCUGUUCCCGUUCCUGGCGCGGCGGCUGGCGGCGCCCGCGCCUUCCUCCGCGGCCGUGUCCGCGCCCGCGCCCGCGCCCGGCGCUGACGAGUACCUCGCCGCCGCCACUGUGCUCGCCAUGAAGUACGGGCCCAAGGUGCUCGAUCAGCUGCCGCCGGCGCACCUGGUGAUCUCCCGCUGCGCACGCGACGAGCACUCGUACUCGGGCUGCGAGGAGCGCCGCACCGCCGAGGCGCUGCUCAACCUGGCCGGCGUCACCGCCGCCCCCCCGCCCGCCUCUGCCCCCGCACCCGCCCCCGCCCCCGCCCCCGCCCCCGCCGCGCACAGCUAGCGCGCCGUCUGAGGUAAUCGUGCGUGAAGAAGGAAACUGGUUGUCUUUUGUUAUGUACUGUGGAGCGUGAUGUGCACGUAUUUUACUUUGAUUUCUCGUUCAUUUUGCCGUUUCAAUGUUACUUAGGCAUUCUUAUUAUUAGAUUGUUAUGUCGAUUGCGAUAAAUCUAAUUGUUCAAGCUGAUAAUACUACUUAACAAAGUAUUUUUCGUAAUUUGUAUCGCUUAAUCACGAAGAUUCGAGACGCAAUGCAUUAAUAAUUGUUAUGAGGUAGCCGGUUACCAGACAAUAGGCGACAGGUUAAGUUAAAAUAUUUUUCAAUUGUUUUUUUUUUUUCGAACAAUUUCUAAGUUAUAAAAAUCUGAAAUACAUCACGCUUCACUGUACCAAAAAAAUUCGGCCUUUUUUAUUUAAAAGUGUGUUUCUCCAUCGAAAGCGGAAUAAUCAAACUUCUGCCACAGAGACGUUUUCUAGUAGUUAAUUUUAUUUAAGUCUUUGAGUGUUUUGUUUUAUUGAGAAAGUGAUGAUUGAACGUAGCUUCGGGCGGAUUGAGAUGAACAGAUUUGAAUUAAGAUCUCUCCUACGUGACAUUAUCACAACGUGAUCAUAGACAAUCCAAACUGAUGUCGUUAGAUUAAAAAAUAUUUUUUUUGUCUAUGUAAUUGUAUUUAUGGUCAUGGUGUGAUGAAAUCUAGUGGAUAAAGAGAUUUUGCGUUCUUGAAUCGUAGGUAUAGUUUGAUCGCUCAAUCGGUCAUUUAGAUUAAAGUCAAAAUAUUUAUAAGUUCUAAAAACAUCCGUUGAAAUUUCUGAAAGAAAACUAUUAGUUUUGCCAGAGCAUAGCCCUGGCAUGAUUCUUGUUGACGUAUAAGUUCUAAGAACAAUAGUUCCAUAUGUUGUUUAUGAAUUUUUAUUAUGUCUAUUGUUUGAAUAUAUUAUAGACGAAAAUGAUUACCAAUCUCUAGUCCAUUAAAGACAUUUUAUUUUGCAAUGACGUGUACAAUUCAAUUAUCAGACUAAGUAAUAUCUGUACAUCACAUAAUUUAUUUUAUAUGUGAACGAUAUCGCUUGACUGUUUACAAAAUCUAACCUCAUUUAUACUAGGAGCAUGUGUUGGUUGGUUGUAGACAAUCACCUCUCGUAUCCGGCAAAGUUAUGUUCAUUGUAAUCUGAACUUUAGCGCGUCAGAUAUAGACAUAUUUUACAUUGAAAAUAAAUUAGCGGAUUGCUUCUAAGAAUAAUUGUAAUAAAUUGUCAAUGUAAAGCAUGUCUACAGAGAUGAUCAAUGACUGUGCUAACAAUUAAUUUCACUUUUUAUUCGAAUCUUAUUUAUAUAGUAAGAAAUAGGCAUACUUAAAUUAUUUUUGUUCAAACUGUACUUUCAUUUUAUAUGGCAGUGAGUGUCCGCGAACACGUAGCCGUGUGUAUAAGUGAGGUUUCAUAGUGACCAUAGCAAUAGACGUGAUACUAAAUAGUACGGAAUAGUAAUAGAAAUAUUCACAUAUUAUAACUCCUGAAAUGCAUUUAGAUUUUCUGUUUUGUACUAUUAGAGUCAAUCUUUCCUAAUGUAAGAACCCGUUUUUCAAUUGUUUUAUUAUAGUGUUGCGUCAUUUCUGUCAAUUUUUUACAAAAUUUAGUAUACUUAUCAAUUGAGGGGAAUUCGCAGCAUAGAUUUUAAGAUAUAAUUUAGUUAUAUUUAUUCGCAUUGCUUUGCUGUCUAUGGUUACGGUUGCGGCCAUGUUUUAUAGCUGGAUUUUAAUUUAAGAACUGUUUUGCAUAAAUUUUUCGAAAAUAAUAAGCAAAUAAUUAAUUGUAAACUGAGCAAUAUAGGAUGUGUAAAUUUAUAUUAUAUACAAUUCAUGUGUGAUCUGAACGCUAACUUAUUAUACAAAUGUUGUAUACAGGGCGAUCAAAAUGUAUUUAGACUAUGCAAUCUUCCUUACUUUAAAAGUGAUACAUACGUGUAUAUAAUAAAAUCUAAUAGCCAAUAGUGUUAGUCGUAAGGAGACCGUUUUUUGUGUUCAAACCAAGUGAUCUACUUCAUACAAUUGCCUACAGUUAAACGAAAUUUUAUUUAUUUAAUUAUAUCACAGUAAUAUAAGGAUUAUGAAACCUGUGACACGAUUAGUUCACUGAUAUAGCAAUGUGUAUCUUAUGACGUUUAUAAGUGAUAUAAAUGUAACUUCAUCUCAUAGAUAAUUUGUUCAUGGUAGCUCUGUCACAGGUUAGCAGUAAGCAAUGGCAUUCGCCGGGAUAUUAGUGAAAUCUUAAUUGUUGAUAGACUUAGUGGUUACUUUCAGAUAUAUGUAGCUCUACUUCUGUUAGGGUCUUUUGGCUUCUUCUGUAAAUAAAUUACGGAAAGGCUUUGAAAGCCGUAGCUCAUUAAUCUGCCUACGUCGUAGGGAAAGAAGACGCAUACGACGUUUUGAAACUAUUUGUAAUUUUACAUAUUCCGAAUCAAUAAAAAAGGCAAAUUCCUAAUAUUUAUACAACUCAGUUUUGAAAAAAAUAAUGCGUUUUUUCCGUACGACGGCAGCUAGCUUGUCUAGGUCGAAAUGACGCGAGCCACUGUAGCAAUUAUGAAGGUAAAUAUGCAAAUUCGUGUAUGCAUAAUGUAAUAGUUGCACACGUCUCGUCGGCACGUCAUUUUAACUUAGGCAGGCUAUAUCUGUAGACUGUUCCCAGUGAAAUAUCUAGCAUUCGUCGUGCUGUGUAAAAUAAAGUCUGCUGGUGUGACAUAUUGAUGUUUUAAAAUUAUGGGAAUGGUAGUGAUCUAUGGCCUAUUACAGCUUUUCCUCAUUCAAUUACUUUCUUGUCGAAAAUAAUAACCAACUGUUAUUAAUAAUAAGAGAAAGAGUGAAUGAUAUAUGUUUGUAAGGGUACGAGGUGGUUUUCUCUCAAGUGCCUACUUAAAUGCUUCUAAUCUAAAUGUUAGCAAAAUUAAGAUUGAACGCGGAUGAUUUACAUGGUCGAGUACCGGGCUUUUCAAUUAAAGUGGUUUUUGAGGUGAAUAACGACUGCGUAUGCUCAGUCUGCACUGGCCUUCAUAACAAGUGUCAUUUAUUUCGUGAUGUCAAAAUAUGUUUCUACGCGCGGUGUUUUUUUUUUAUUAAAUAGGUAAUUAACAAUUUGAGGCCCGGUACUUACGGAAAAGCCUUGAAAGAUACACCAAGUAGUGAUUUGUUAUAAGAAAUCUUUGAAAUGGAAAACCAAAAAAGCUUUUCUAAAUUAAUAGCCCUUAUUAAGUAAGCCUCACGUGCAUGCUAUAAGGCCUAAAUAUUAUUUUGAAAUCAUGAUGUAUAACACAAUAUGUUGAUGGUCAACCCAGUUGUAUGUGAGUGAAAGUACAAAAUGGUCGCAAUAUAUGAAUAUUUUCGAAAUUAUUUCAAGUAAAUUGAUUAUUAGAUGGCAUAAUUUGUAGUAUGCGCAUAAAUAACUAGACUGAUGCAAGGACUGAUUUGUGAUGAAGCAAUAUUAUUUAUUAGUGAAAAUAAUGAUUUAUUUUAUGAUAACACGCAAUUAGUUUCAUUUUCUUAUGAUGUAUUUAAAGCAGCAUUUGAACACCAAUGGAGUACCAAAUAAAUACGAAUGAUUAUUUAUUUAUUUCAUGGCCAUAUUUGGAACAUAAUUUAUUUAAAAAUAAACAAAAAAUUAUCUUCCUACCAAAGCAUGGAUUUAUUUAAAGUAGUGAUAUAUCACUCGUCAAUUUUCGUUAUCAUGGUUUAAAAAUGAAAUAGCCUUUUAUAUUUUAUUAUUUAACUAUUCUCUUUCAUGACAGUUGUAGGCAUCGAGAGGUCGCUGUGUGCCAAAUGUUAAAUCAGUAACAGAUUCAUACUUACCCGUUAUAUGAGUGUAUUUAUGGUGAUGUAACACUUAGAUUAGGUUAUAAGUGAUAUUAAUUAUGUAAUUGCUAAUGAAAUACAUAAGUUUUGCUGUAUUUAGGAGCGUCUUCCAUCUUAUUCGUAUUGUUUUCUCUUAGAUAUUCUCAGUUGGGGAAGAAAGUCUAUGUUUAUGUGCUACAUGCCGCACUUGAAAAGUGCACUUUAAACGCUUCUUAGCAAUAUUAAUUAUAAGUGAAAAUUUAUAAAAUAACCAUGCAUGCGCUUGAAUCAGAUGAUACAUUUACAAAAUGUAUUCCCCCAUAGACUUUUUUCACCGACUGGUUAAAACUAGCCUUUCUUUCGGUGGUAUAUGAAGAAGAGUAGAUAAAAAUUUACAGCAAUAAUUAGUACCUAAUCGUAGUGAUUUGCUGGUAGAUGCUAUAUAUAAUUAUGUGUGAUAACUUGCGUUUUAUUUAUAUUUUUUUAAAUUUGAAUGUGCAACCUUUUGUGUGUAUUUUUGACGUUCUUAUAAAAACUUAAACGUUGCAAUAUAAAGUCGUCUUCAGAUCUAAGUAUACACAGGUUGCACAUACUUUUAAAUAAUGAGCUUUAUUACGUCAUUGAAAUGAUAUAAUAUGGACAUUAUUUAUGAAUACAAUAAUGCUUUUUAAAAGGUAUAUCAUCAUGAUAUUAAAAUCAUUGCGGCUCGUGUAAUGUCAAAAACAGAUCAUAUUUUAUCAAUUAAUUUAUUCUUAGGUUAUAAUGCUGUUAUUUGAUUUUGUGUUGUAUUUUGUUUGUGAAAUGAGUAUUUUUAAAAAUUAUGGGUAAUAAAUCGAAUGGUUUUGGUGUAGCCACUGUUUGUAUCAAAGAUGAAUAUAAUUCUGUAAUAAAAAUAAUAUUUCGCUCAAUUAAUUGUGUGUAACAAGAUGUCGACAGUGGUUAUAUCAAUGAUUCUAAAUCCUAGUUAUACGUUGGUAUGUCCGAACUAUAUAUAAGUAUGAAAUUAUUGUUGUUGUUGAUAUUUUGCCGGCUUUGAAACGAAACCACUCUUUAUUGCUAUUGUUGAGAAUUUUUGCCAAAUUUUUAUUUGUCCUAAAAUCUUUUUGUCUUUGUACAUAUCCAUUAAAUAAAUUAUGUACUGAGGA